AUGAGUGGAGAAGAAUUAGCGGGGCCCCCAGCACCAAAGCUCCUUCGUCUGCUUUAUUUUGUCGGCGCUGGCUUUAUUUGCACUGUUGGAAUCAACAAAUGGCGUGAGAUUCAGCGCAAGUCCAUUUUACAACAGCAGCAGCAGCAGCAACAACUCCCUGAAAAUGCCGCAAAUGCCCUUGAGUGA